AUGGGGAGUCAGAAGCGAAUCGCCAAGGAGCUAGCUGAGCUCACCGAAUCCCCUCCCGACGGCAUCUCCGUCGAGCUCGUCGAUGAAUCGAACAUCUAUGAAUGGAAGGUCUACAUGGAAGGACCUGAGGGGUCACCAUACCACAAAGGCCGCUUCCUCAUGAAACUCAGCCUCCCAACAGAAUACCCCUUCAAACCGCCCGCCGUAUCCUUCGGAACGAAAAUCUACCACCCCAACGUGACUAACGACGAGAAAGGGAGCAUGUGCCUGGGAAUGCUCAAGUCAGACGAAUGGAAACCGAGCUCGCGCAUCGCCGCGGUGCUGGAGUUCGCGCGCCAGUUGCUCGCGGAACCCAUGCCUGAUGAUGCGGUCGAGGGGCGGAUCGCCGAACAGUAUAAGAAUGAUCGGGCCCGGUAUGAUGAGAUCGCGAGGGAUUGGACGAGGAACACCUCCCUCCCCGAAUCCCUCAACCUAGACAUCGGCAUCGGUGUAGGCGUCGGCGUCAGCGCCACCGAACUCACAAACUCCCGUUCCACCACAACCUUUGGUCUUCGAAGACGACGUACAAGAAUCGUCGCUGCCACGAAGAUAAGCAGAACGGCGACGCUGACGCCGACGCUUAUACCUGCUUUUGUGCCGUUCGAGAGACCGGGGAGUUUUUCUGGUGGUGAUGCUUGGGAGGGGGAGUUGGUUUGUGUUGUUGAUGUUGAUGGCUUAGAAGUUGUAGUUGAGGGUAUUGUUGUGGAGGUGGAGGUGGAUGCCGAUGAAAUUGGUUCUGAGGUGAGUGUCAUUAUAGAUGUAGAUGACGAAUAUGAAGAUGUAUAUGAUGUCGAGGUAGGGAUGUUGGUAUGUUCUCCCAGAACCGGCGCAAUGGUGAUAGCGUCUGGAGUACCGCAGCAGUCGGUGGUGUUGCCGCAGCACCAGGUCGUCGAGUUGGAGGUGUUGUUGCAGGGAGCCAUGAUGGAUGAUGUGCUUGAAUCCUAUCAGACAAAGGUCAGUCAAUGA